AUGGCACCUAGUUUUGCAACCUGCACAGAAGUUGGGCCGGCGUGCCCUGUUGAGGCCACGACCUACGGAUACUAUCCUCAGCUCGGGCCAAAUGCCUUCCUGACUGCCUUCUUCGCACUUCUCGCUCUCAUUCAGCUUGGCCUUGGAGUCUUCACACGCACCUGGUCAUUCCUAAUUGCUGUCUUCAUGGCCUGCGCUCUUGAAUCGGUCGGUUAUGGUGGCCGUUUGCUCAUGAACAAGAACCCUUGGUCAAAAGAUGCAUUCCAGAUUCAGAUUGUAUGCCUCAUCCUAGCUCCAACUUUCCUGGCUGCUGGCGUCUACCUGACGAUUAAGCAUAUCAUCCUCUUCGUUGGACCGGAGCACUCACGUAUCAAGCCAAAGCUGUAUACCUGGGUCUUCAUAUUGUGUGACAUAGGCUCUCUUAUCUUGCAGUCAGCCGGCGGUGGUGUUGCUGCUGCUGCCACGAAGAGCAACUUCAAACUAUUGAAUGUUGGCAAUGGCAUUAUCAUCGCUGGUAUUGCCUUUCAAGUGGCUACUAUGUCAGUUUGCGGGCUGCUUGCCCUAGAAUUCUUUAUCCGGGCUUACCGGAGCGGACAAGGCUUUUCCAAGAGCUCAUCUCAUGGAGCUGCAGCGCAUCGAUCUUUCUGGAUCUUCUGUGCUGCCGACGCCUUUGCCUAUGUUGCCAUUUUAAUCCGAUGCAUAUACCGAUUGCCUGAGAUGGCUGGUGGUUGGGGAAAUCCCCUUAUGCGAAAUGAGAAGGACUUUUUGCUCCUCGAUGGAAUGAUGAUUGCUUUAGCAUCCGCUACCUUUACUGUCUUUCAUCCUGGAUUCUGGUUCCCUCCCAUGCGGAAAGGUGGGUUGUCAAAAGACGCCCAAUUCGUACCUCCAAGCGAGGGAACCAGUGUAAAUGAUUCCACGGAGAAGUGA